AUGCUAACCCUUUCUUUCUCUGCGUUGCUCGGCAUUGCAUUAGCCUGGGCUAUCCAUCGCCUUGCUUGGAAAUAUUCCCGACUAAAGGCUAUCUGUGUAAAGCGUGAUAACAAACUUGCCACUCAGUAUGGCUGUGAGCAGCCGCCGCGACUAAGGAAUUGGUGGCCACUGGGCAUCGAUCGCUUGAUCCAAAUAUGGACGGCGGAUUCCGAGCAACGCCUAAUGGACCUCUUUACAUUUCCCUUCAAGGACGUUGGCUAUACAUUAGAACAGAAGUUCCUCGGAACCAUAGCAUUCGGAACCAUUGACCCUGAGAAUCUAGAGGCAAUCAUGACCAAUAUUAAUGUUUUCAGCUUUGGGCUGCGCCGGCACAUCCUUUUUCCGCUGCUAGGGGAUGGUAUAUUUACUCAGGAGGGGAAGUCAUGGAGGCAUUCGCGGGAACUCCUCCGUCCACAGUUCACGAGACAACAUUAUCGAGAUCUGAACAUCUUUCGGCCUCAUGUUGAUAGGCUACUUCACUACCUGACUGGCAAUGGAGCAGCUACAGACCUUCAGCCCUUGUUCUUUCGCUUAACCUUGGACACAACGACUGAAUACCUCUUCGGCAAAUCAGUCAAUAGUCUUAUGCCCGGAGAGGCUACCAAAGGUCAAAGCUUCGCUAACCACUUUGACAUGGCUCAGAACUACGUUGUCCAGCGCUUUCGACUAUUGGAUCUGUAUUGGCUGAUAGGUGGACCGAAGUUCUGGCGAUCAUGCAGCGCAGUACAUAGGUUCAUUGACGAAAUCAUUGACACGCGCAUGGAUUCUAAAGAGAAAGAUAAAGACUGCAAUUCGAAAUCUAUAUUCUUUGACGCUGUCGCACGGGAUUCAAGGACUAGGAGGGAUCUCCGGGAUCAGCUCACUAAUGUGCUUCUAGCUGGUAGAGAUACCACGGCAUGUCUAUUGAGUUGGACAUUUCAUUGCCUGGCGCGGCAUCCUGAUGUCUUAGGCCGUUUAAACGUUGAAAUAGCCUCCGUGGUUGGCACUAAUACCGAUCUCACCCGAGACGAUUUCAAGCGAAUGCCAUACCUUGACCAAGUCCUGAGAGAGGUUCUGAGGCUCUAUCCACCCGUUCCAGUAAAUACUAGAACUGCCCAUAAAACGACGAUCCUUCCUACAGGUGGGGGAAAAGACGGAACGAAACCAUUCAUGGUUCGCGAAGGAGAAAACGUGGCCUUCUGUGUCUAUGCCAUGCAUCGUCGUGAGGAUCUGUAUGGUCCUGAUGCUGGCCAAUUCCGUCCGGAGAGGUGGGAUGAGGAUCUACCAUUGUUCCAGAAUGAAAGGACAGCGACAUGGGGCUAUCUCCCAUUUAAUGGUGGGCCCCGCGCUUGCUUAGGUCAGGAUUUUGGAUUUGUUGAAGCUGCCUAUACCGUGGUACGAAUACUACAGAAAUACCCGAUUGUGAAGCCAGAUAUGUAUAAAGGGGAUAUACAGGGGCGAAAGUGGCUGGGAUGGUCGUCGCAUCAGCCAGAGGGCAUUGAGAUGGUCACCGAGGAGAGACAGAAAAUGACAAUAGUGCUUUCAUUAGGGGAUGGGUGUCGGGUGACACUAGGUCGAUAA